AUGGGUGAUGCUGAAGAGCUUAAAAAACUUAAUAAUAGAAAAACAAGACUCAAAGCAUCCCUAACUAGACAUUUGAAUUUUGUCAAAAACGAAUUACAAAACGAAAAUAAUCUUUCUAAAUUAAAACUAAAAUCAACUCAAUUAGAAGACCUUUAUGGUAACUAUGCAACUUUGCUUGACGAAUUCGAUCAAUUCGAAAUUAAUUUGGAUGCUUUUAUUGAGCAAUUCGAAAUUGAUUAUUUAGAGACAAAAUCUUUACUUGACGAUAAAAUAAACUCAAUUUCUACUAAUCAUUCUUCAGCUGUAGUAGGUACAUCGAUGCAACCUACCAGUAUCUGUGCAAAAUUACCGAAAUUGACAUUACCUGAAUUCUCCGGAAAUAUACUGAAAUGGAAAGAAUUUUGGGAUUCGUAUGAGGCCAAAAUUCAUAAAACAAAUCUGCCGGACUGCGAUAAAUUCGAAUAUUUGGUCCAAUGUUUGAAAGGACGAGCUCAAAAAUCGAUAGAAGGUAUGCCCGUUACAUCUCAAAAUUAUCCAAAAGCUAUUGCGAUUCUCGAAAAGAAAUACUACAACCGUAAGUUAAUUAUCGAUUCGCAUUAUUCGAUUUUACGAAAUAUUCCUCCUAUUGAGGAUAAAGAUAAAAAUAAUGUUUAUAAAUUACGCAAAACGUUGGAUGAUUUCGAAGUGAAUUUACGUUGUUUAGAGGCUUUCGAAGAAGAUGUCGAGCAUAAUAGUAUUCAAUCGUUGAUCUAUUCCAAAUUUCCGGAAAAUAUUAUCAACAAGGUUUUCGAAAAUGUUGAUCAAGAUUCGUUGACAACUUCUGAACUUCGUUUGAAUUUAGAUAAAAUUAUUUCUUCUUUCGAAAGGACUGAAACGGUUAAAGAGAAACAUGCCGAAAAAGAUCAUUUCUGA